AUUUAUUUUGUUGUAUCUCGAUGCGGUAGUUUAUUUGUUUCUUGUUUUUUAAUAGAGUCUACCGAAUUUUAAUAUUUUAAAAAUCGAAAAAAUACAAUUUGUAGAGCGUGCCGUGGAAAGUCGGUCUGGUUCGCAAUAGCCUUGGCCGUGGACUGUGAGUCGUAGGAGGAGUUUGAGCGAGAUUUGGCAUCUCGGACCGUUUGAGUCUUUGAGAUAGAAUCGGCAUCGGCCUGGAUACCGCCCCGACUCGCAACACGAUUAUACCUCAAGUUGUAGUUAUGUUUUUCAUGGCCUAUUCUACCUAGGAAAUAAAAAUAGUCAAAGAAAAAAAAAUAAUGGCAGAAAUUAAAUACACCCGGAAUUUAUUUUUGAGGUGUGUCAACGUAAUUUACCUGUUCGCGUUUGCAUCCCUUUACGUUCAGAUUCCUGGGCUCUACGGCAAAAAUGGUAUUCUGCCGGCAAGAGCACAGUUGGACCUGAAACCCGGCCUUUUCGACGAAGAUUACGCGAAGCAGAUUCAGAAAAAGCCGACGCUUUUGUGGUUUUCGCCUUAUUUCGGUGUCGAUACGGAGUACAUGAUGGACAUUUUGGCACUGACGGGCAUGUUUUUGGCUUUCACCGGAUUCAUAUCUCAGAAAUUUUGCAUCAAGCCGGUAUUCUCCGCUCUCUGGUCGCUCUACUACUCGCUGUACCAAGUUGGGCAGACUUUCAUGUGGUUUCAGUGGGAUAUUCUUCUACUGGAAACAGGAUUCCUUUGUAUAAUACUUGCACCAUGGCACAACAAAACUCAAAGAGCUAAUAAAAAGCAACAGGCAUCCGCGCCAUCUGAUCUAGUGAGAUUUUGGCUGGUCCGCUGGCUCUUAUUUAGACUCAUGUUUUCUUCGGGCAUUGUCAAACUGACGAGCGGUUGCCCAACAUGGUGGGGUCUCACAGCACUCAGUGUUCAUUUUGAGUCGAUGUGCAUACCAUCGCCGUUGGCUUGGUACUCUCACCACCUCCCAUCCUGGUUUUUGAAACUGAACACAGUUUUUGCCAAUUUUGUCGAAAUCGUCGUCCCUCCAUUGUUCUUCUUUCCGGUCCGAUAUGUGAGGAUCGUAGCCUUUUUUGUCCAGGUGUUUUUACAAUUUUUUAUCAUCCUCACUGGAAACUUCAACUUCUUCAACUAUUUGACAAUCACGCUUUGUUUGUCGCUUCUUGAUGAUGACUUCUUUUAUAGAAAUCCAAAAAACACGCAAAGUUUUGUAAGUCGGGCGUUCAAGUUAUUAACUACAGUUGGAGUUUAUGGAGGUGUUACAUAUGCAACUUGUGUACUUUAUAAAGUCAAAAUGUUGCCCUCUGGAGUGAUCGAUUGCAAGUUAAACUUCACACCGGCGGAUUUUGAAAACGCGUUGGUCAGGUUCUUCCCAGUGAUAAUUUGCACAGCCUUGGCGUCCCUUCUGUACACCGCAUUUAAAGCCUUGGGGCUUGUGUUCUCCCAGACGACUACUAAGAUAGGAAGGCUUACAUCACUCUUUUCGACAGUUUUCUACAUUUUUGUCGCUCUGUUUUUGUUCACAGAUAGCAUGGUCCCAUUUUCUACUCUUCAUCCAGCUGGAAAUAUGUCAUUUGUUCCAAAAGAAACGAAAGAGUUGCACAACAAAAUAUCUCAUCUCCACUUGACAAACGCUUACGGUUUAUUCAGGAGAAUGACGGGUGUAGGAGGACGCCCUGAAGUUAUUAUCGAAGGUUCUUAUAGUAUGGAAGGCCCAUGGAUGGAAUAUAACUUCAAAUACAAACCGGGAAAUGUCAAUGAUUCUCUUCCGUUUGUUGCACCUCACCAGCCUCGGCUCGAUUGGCAAAUGUGGUUUGCCGCCCUUGGCACGUACCAUCAAAAUCCAUGGAUUAUGUCAUUGGCGUAUAGACUCUUGACAGGACAGCAAGAAGUCCUUAAUCUUUUGGAUAACACGAGAAAUCCAUUUUCAAGCGCACCCCCUAAAUAUGUGAGGGCUUUCCUUUACCAUUAUCACUACACACCAUGGUCUCAGAGGGAUAAACCGGCAACAUGGACUAGAAAAAAAGUAUCAGAAUAUUUCCCUAUAUUUUCAAAAGAUCACACCCCACUGUUAGAUUAUUUAAAGAACUACAAAAUUCUUGAACCGCCGAGGAAAGAAACUCUUUCUCCCACGGUUGUCAAAGUACUGAAUGAAGUGAGGAACACCAUAACAGUCAUCGAACCGCCGUUCUUGAUGCUCUCUCUUGUUUUAACUGGCCUGGCCAUCAUAGUCUUCAGUUCCAUCCCUCCUUCAGCUCAUCACCCAGCUACAAAGCAGUCAUCACAAUCAAAGGGAAAGAACAAAAGCAAAUAAAUUGUAUAAACCCAAUGUAACUCUUUGUUUUUUAAAACUACUAAACAAUUAAUUAAACAAACAAAUUACACAUGUGAAAAUGCGUGAAAAGGGUUUCAAAGCUUUUGUUAUUUUUUUCUAACUGUUUUCAUAAUGUUCUUACUUUUAAGUUUGUCUCUAAAUUAUUUUUAUCUUGUUUGUAGCAUGAAUAUGUUCAUAUUAUUUUUUAAUGGAUUCAUCUGAUAAUUUAAAAAAAGUAAAACUUUGUAUGGAUGAUUGUUUUAAAUUUAAUAUAUAUCAAAGACUGUUGUAUAGACUUGUCUCCCCUUUUUGUUUUUCUAGUGCUUUAAAGUUGUCCGUAAUGAGUAGAUUUUAAGCAAAACAAAUUAGCUUAUAUGUCAUUAGAAAAAAAUAUUUAUUAACAAAAAAAAGUAAUUGUUAUUGUGAUUUAUAGAUAAUUACGACCAAUAAUGUCUCCACAAUGUUUUUAAUGAACUAAAUCAUAAUAUGAAAUAUAAUGUGUAUUUAACAUAUAUGGACAUUUUUUGUUCCACAUAUCAAAAUAAUUGUUGGGGAUUGAAUUAAUAGAUAAAACUUUUUUUAAAACA